UCAGUGCUCAAAGGACUCCCAGCGAUAUUUCUACAGUAUCAGAAUCACCCUCUUUUAAUUUCUCUGACCCCUCUCACUCAGCUUCAUCUUUCAACAUCUCCAGCUCACUAGUUGGAGAUUCUUUUACCUACCAUCAAAAUCUCCAAGCCACUAACUACAUUAGUGGCUCCAAUCUCAUCAAGCACCGCAGCUCAAAUGUUGGCCUUAAGGGUGCACUAGUGAGUGCGGUAGCUCAAGAACUGGUGAAAGAAUUAGCUCUUGCAAACCAGGACCAAGGCCAAUAUGCCCUUCAAUUUCCAACUCGGUUCAGAAUUUUGGAGGAAGAGCUCAAGAUUAUGCAGGUUUUCAUUUCUGAAGCAAGCAAGCUCAAAGAGAAUCGAGAAACAGUCAGGACAGUCUUGCCUGUACUAAGGGAACUAAUUUAUGAAGCAGAUGAUUUGGUUCUCGAUUCCAAGAUUCGAGACGAUUACCGAAAAAUGAAGGGGGCUUCGGGCUUCUUUUUAUAUCUCUCUGAAAUAUAUUUUCGCUAUCAAACAGGAAAGAAGCUGACAGAAAUCAACACCCGAAUUAAACGUACGCGUGAUAACUUGAAGUCUUAUUACACCCCAAGUCAGCGUCCAAGUAGUCAAAAUGGCAAUGACACAGUGAGGCGUUGGACUGCGCCGGUUAUCAACCAAUCUGAAGUCGUCGGCCUAAAAGAAGAUGCGGCGAAAGUAAGGGGCUGGAUUCUUGGUCAGAAUGAACCGCUGCUGCAUCUUGCAAUUGUGGGGCUGGGGGGUUUGGGUAAAACCACCCUUGCAAAAAUGAUCUACAGAGAUGUGAACCUCAAGAGACGCUUCCAGGAGAAAAUUUGGGUUUCAUUUUCUCAACCUGUCAAAGAGGACGAAAUCAUGAAAAGCAUGUUGAAGCAACUCAAUGCAGAUGGCAGCGGAUCCCCUAAAGGCGACAUGCUGAGUACAAUUCAUGGAUUGCUUUCAGACAAAGCAUACCUGAUUGUCCUGGAUGAUGUUUGGAGCACUGAUGAUGGUUGGUGGGAACGGAUCUCUGGUGGGCUACCCGUGAAAGAGGGCCACAACAGCUGCAUUAUCAUCACAUCAAGAAUAAAGACGGUUGUCAAGAAUAUGGGAGUUCAGGAUGCACAAAUUCAUCAACCCAGAUAUCUUAAUGAUGAAGAGAGCUGGAAAUUGUUUUGCAAAGUUGCACGCGUGUCUGAAGUUGAUGAACAAAACACCAAGUUAGUUGAAGAAGGAAAAGAAAUUGUUAAAAAAUGUGGGGGCCUUCCCCUAGCAAUCAAGACCGUCGGUGGUUUACUCUCAUCAGAGGAGAGGUCUUCCAUUAAGUGGAGGAGGAUCCGCGAGACCUUUCAUGAAAAGUUAACGAGUAUGGGAGAUAAUUGUUCGGAGGGUAAUGGGCAUGUGAUUGCCUCUCUGCAGCUAAGCUAUGAUGAGCUCCCUGCUUUCUUGAAGCCAUGCAUAUUGUGCUUCUUAAUUUAUCCUGAGAAUUAUGAAGUGGAUGCUGACCAACUGAUUCGCUUGUGGGUAGGAGAAGGAUUUGUCAGUGGCAAUAGCACAGAAACUGUGACAGAAUCAGCUCUCAAGUGUUUGUCAGAGCUUAUCAGUCGGUGCCUGGUUGAAGUAGCUCAGCGAAGAAAUUAUGAUGGAAGCGUCUAUACCUGCAAGGUGCAUGAUAUGGUUCGAGAUUUGACAAUUAAAAUAGCAAGAGAAGAAGAUUUCUGCAGCUUCGAUGCAAAUAGAAAUCAUAUUGCUGAUGUAGGCUCCCGUCGACUUGGAGUCACCCAAGAGACGAAGUUAUCUGCCCUUCGAGGAAACUCAAAGCUCAGGGCAUUACUUCUAACCACAACCCAUUAUAUCGGUUUCAAUAGGAAAACAGAGUUGGCAAAAAUCAAGUCUCUCAGGGUAUUGGACCUCUCACAUGCCAGACUAGACUACGUUUUUGUGAAGGAUCUUUGGGACUGGAUCACUUCCCUUAAACGCCUAGUUUGUUUGAGCCUCAGAGAUGUUGCACAAUUGCUUGAAGUCCCAAACUCAAUCGGCAAAUUAUUGGGCCUCCAAGUGCUGAUUCUGGGAGAAUGUAAGGAUCUCAAAAAGCUUCCCACAUCAAUCAUUAACCUUCCAAGAUUAAUUAUCUUGGAUGUUGGUAAUUGCCCAAGUCUUCGGUGUCUACCACAAGGGUUUUCGAAACUUUCCAAACUCCAGGAGCUGUAUGGAUUUAAGAUAGCUGGUACUGGGAAAGCUUCUGGUUCCCACCUUGCAGAGCUGAAGGCUGUGACUGAACUUCGUGUCCUGCAGAUAGACAUAACUGAAGACAGCACUAUUGAGGAUCAGGAAUUGGAGAUCUUAGCACAGCUAGAGAAACUAAAGAUUUUGUCGAUCAAUGCAGGUGAUUGCAAAGAUAAGAACAUUUUAAGCAAGUUGAAUAAAUUGUCACCCCCUUCUUCCAUUGAGGAAUUGUAUCUGAAGCAUUAUGUUGGAGAAACUACACCAGGAUGGAUUAAUCCGAAGUCACUUCGACAACUGCAGUAUCUUUGUAUGGAGGACUCUAGAAUAAAUAAGAUGAACCAAGAUUUUUGGGGAGAUGAAGAACAUAAAUGGGAUGUCAAAGGGUUGUGUUUAAAGUUCUGCCAAAGGCUUGAGGUGUCAUGGGAAGAAUUGCAAGCAGUGAUGCCUGAGAUCAGACACCUGGAGGUCAGCCAAUGCAACCUACUGGUCUCAUUUCCUUGUGAUGUUAAGUCUGUGGGGUUCUGGUGCAAGGGCGAAAAGAAAAAAGAUGUGCGUCGGAGGAUGUUUUCAGUCAAGAAGAUUGAAAGCAGCUAGAUGACAUGGUCUGAUCUUUGGAAAGCAUUUUCAAGUUUGAAGUUAUCUGUAUCCUUCUGUUUGGACAAUAUGUUGCGGUAUUUGUUAGUGAUUUGGAGGUGUAUUUGUACUUGCUGAACUUUACUUGUUGGUACUCUUUUCUCUUCCACUUUGAUCAUGUAAGCCUAAUUUGGUGCUUUCAACUCUGUCAUAGCACUAUAAAUGUAAAGGUAGAGAUAUCAACUAUUUCUACUCUCACUCAUCUAUGCACAACAUUUUAAUGUUUUUCUUGUAUUAUCCAAAA